GAUCACAAACGAUGUCCAGUCCUUGCUGCUGAUAAUGCUGGCUGUCAUGAUGGCCAAGAUGGUUGGUGACAUUUUUAACGUAUCCCUGUACAGCUCCCUCCUGAGGCUGAAAUGCAUUCCUUACUUGGAUGUGGAACCUUUUGUUCACCACAGGAAAGAACGGCUGAACCUAGAAUUGUUCUCUGCCAGGGAUGUCAUGGAGCCUCACGUGAGAGUCCUUCACCUGAAGGAAAACAUUGCCUCCUUGGCUUGGCUUCUUGCAAGCACAAGCCAUGGUGGAUUCCCUGUAGUUGGCAGGCCCAAGUCAGAUCACACACAGGUGUUUCAAGGAACCAUUAAGAGGUUAGAGCUGUGUAUGUUGCUUGAGAACGAGCACAUCUUUGAACCAGAGACAAACAACGAAUCUUUCUCCUUCUCACAUCCUCUACCCUAUGAGAAGAUAACAGUGGAGAAGCUGCCCAAGCCGUCGCGCCUGGUCAUGCUGCUGAAUCGCUACACUACAGAUCCCCGGUAUCAGCAACUCUUCAUCAAUCUGGAGCCAUACAUAAACAAAUCGGCCAUGUCAGUCCAAGCCCAUUUCUCACUGCAACGCACGUAUAUCAUCUUUCGCACCAUGGGGCUGCGCCAUCUCACUGUGGUCGAUUUGCAGAACCGAGUGGUUGGUGUGAUCACCAGGAGGGACCUGAUGCCUCUUCCCUUGGAAGAGAGGCUCAGGCUCCAGCUGUCUGCACACAGCCCUGAUGGGGGGGAGUAGCCUCUGGAUUUAAGGCAGUGGAUAGUGGAUUUAAUGUUAUGGAUGCAUUCUUGGGAUUUGUCGCUUCUUUCUGAGUUCAUGCUUCUUCAGGAAAAAAUAAUCAGAGCUUUUCCACUUGAUCCCUUCUGGAGAAGAGAUGCUUAAAAGCUGUUGUAACUAGACGUGUGGGGUUGUAGCCUAGAGCUACGGCUCUACAGCUGUUUGGCGAUUGCAAAAUUCAUUGACUUAAAUGCUUGUGAGGCAGAAUAGGAAUUCAUGUAUUUAUGAAAGAUGCAUAUAAAAUCAGAUCUGUAGAAUGGAUGCUAAGGAGUCUUUUGUCACACUGUGUCUGUGCCUCUCAAUGAAAAAAUGUCAUGACCCCUAGCAGCAAAGUUAUGCUUGUAAAAGCUUUGAGCUAGGACUAAAUUUCCAACCACUGAACGUCUGCUUCCAAACCAGCAUUUUUAUAUUGAACCAUGUAAGUUUAAUUGAAAGGAAAUACUGUCUUGAGAAAAACGGCCCACUGACAUUGGGCCUUCAUAUUGGCCUAUGUGUUACUGCAAUCCAAAGGGAGAAUUGAAAGUGAAUGAGAAACCUGACAUGCCUUUCUAUUGCUUACAGUUCUUUAAUUUCUUUACUGCUAGAAUAAGCUCUCUUUCUCUCUUUUAACCUGAUAAGAGAACAUUUUUAGUUAGGUCAUGUAUAGGGAGGUAUGUAACAAAUUCUCAUAAUGGGGACAUAGCAUGAUAAAUUGUCGAGCAGUUUUUGAUAGCGGCAUAUUUAGAAACUAGAAAAAAAAAGUAAAUAAUUUGUCAUGAUUUUGUAGCUAUGCAAUGUUUGAAAGUUUGGAAAGGGUUAGCUGUUAAUAAAUUAAUGUGAACAAUUUUUUGGACGAAGACACUGUUAGAUCUCCUUCUAUGACUUCAUAAUUGAUGUUUAAUUUUAUUCUGUUAAAUACCAGAGGGAUUCACACAGCUUUGAAUAUCAAAACCUAGUAUGCACAAAGGAAUUCACCACUAUUAAUGCUGUUACAAUGAAUAUCAAGAAAAAACAGUAAUAAUUUACUGUUUCUAAAAAGUUGCCAAAUUCCUGAAAAUGAAUUUCUGGUAUUUGAAUCACGCAACUUUGAGUCUCUUAUGAAUCAAAGAUUUGUUGGAUUUUCUCCUAUUUUCCCUGCUGGAUCUUGUCUUAAUUAACAAUAAUGUUGCUUUUGUAGCACCGCAGAGAAUGCGCAGCUCUUUAAAACUGAAGUGUCCAAGUCAAUGCAAACAGCUGGCAGACCAGAAAUGUAUGUAGGUACAUGAGAGAAGCUCUUUAAAUGGUCAGUUAAAAUAUGGUCAUGUAGAAGACGAGAAAUGCCUUCUCAGUCAUCCACCCAAGAGGCACAGGGCUGGAUGUGUAUUCAGAUCAUGUUACAGUUAGUAAUACUUUGUUCAUUAGCAUGUUAGUAAGGUUGCUGUCACUGUCAGCCUAUGCCUCACCUACCCAAAGAAUGCAAAAAAAUUCUUGAAGGAAUUAGGCCUGAUGAGUCCAGAGUUUUACUGGCUGAUGGUGCUAGCAGAAUAGAAGAUCUAAUCUAAAGAGAUUUAGGGAUUUCCCUUGAACACAGCAAGAAUCAACGUUUCUUGUGAUAAUCAAAUCUGAAUAACCUCGUUGUGAAUUUGUGGUUUUGUUUAAAAACUGUUGAUUUCCUUUCCAUUAUCUGCUGCGUAUACAAAGCACACAGAGGCCUGGGUAAUGUAAUUGCUUUUUGCUGACAGUAUCUGUGGCUAAAUGUCUCAGUGCAAUCUGUAGUCAGAAUGUACUGUGCUGGAGACAGCUGGGAUAUCAGUAACUCAUUACCUGACUUUGAACAGGUCACUUAAACGCUUGGCAUAUCAUUUUCUCUGCCUUUAGAAUUGGAACGAUAGUAUGGACCCACCACAGCUCCUGUGAAAAGUGUGUGUGAAAAAUAUUAUAAGAAUAUAAAUUAUUUAUAAUAAUACUUUGUGCAAGCCAAUCAUAAAAGAUAUUGUGAGAAUCCCUCUAUCCUGUAUCAACAAGUAUGAUUUCUAAUGAAAAGUCCACACAACUUACAUGGAACAUCUUAUAACUAUACUGUGAACUAGGUGGAAGAAGACACAUUACAUUCUGCCAUUAUCUAGUUAUACAGCUAGAUGAUUUUUUUAUUUUAUCUUUCUUUUAUUUAAUAUAUGUGUGUUCAUGAAGACAGGUGAAACAGAAUUCCUCCCCCAGGACUUCCUGAAACAAGUGGCUCCCUCAAUAUUCUUGACUACAGUGACAAAUCCAUCUCAUCAUAGACCAUAAUAGUGUAAUACAUAUAGAAACAUGAAAAUAGAUGAAAUCUGUAGGAAACUUUUCAUCAAUAUAUGUUUCCCAUGAUGCACAUAUAAAACAAGUCUCCAAGGAAUGGCAGCAACAAGUAGACACAUCAUCUGACUCCUUGGCACAAGAUACUUCUGCUUUUCUUGUCUGCUAAUCGUGAGUGGUAAAUUUUCUGCUAUUCCAUCAGUUAACCUGAAAUAAGGAACUGGAUAUUUAAAACAAAAAUACUAGUUUUAUGAAAAAUACAAGUUGUUUAUCAUUUCUCACAAUUUCUGAGCACAAAUCUCUGUGAUAGAGUUUUAUACAAAAUCCAAGUCACAAGGAUUACAUAUUUUCGGUUUGUGCUAUGCAUCUAUACCUCUUUCAUCUCACUCUCUGUGAUGCUGUUUUUUCCGAAUAUUUCUUACUCUCUUAAGCUUAAAUUUAGGUUAAAAAACAGGCAGACCGAAAUUUAGAUUUGGGUUUGAAUUACAGUGAUGCAAAUUUCCCACUAUUCAAUCAAAACAUUGCUGUGAAUGAGCAUAAACUAUCCUGAGGGUUUUGUGUGGCAUGCAAACUUAACAUAUUGUUUUUUAGAUAUCCUGUAAAGUGCAUAUUUUUAUCUAAUGUGUAUACCAUUCCUGGUAUUUUUUUUUCAGUUGUGUGAUAAUUUCAUAGAUUGGAAUUAACUGCUGUGCAUUUUUAAAUUGCACAGUUUAUCAUGCUGUAGAACCCUCUAAUGUUUCUUGAUUUCCCUCUUAUUCUUGCUUACAUUUUUAAAUUUGAUUUUUGUCCUUCCUUAAUUGUAUUUAUUUGCCGACCAUGGAUGAAGGAGUCUAAAGGAGGGAAAACAGAUGAAGAAAUUCUUAGUACGUACUUUAUAUAGAAACGACGACUUUAAGGACUCAGAAACCAACAUUGCUAAAGGUACCUGUAAUAGGAUAUGGUCUCUUACCUCAAGGCUGAGAUAGCCUUGUGCCAAAAAACUAAACAGGAAUGGAAAUGUAACCAACUGUACUCUGAGCAGUGCCUGGAAAAUCACAGAUGAGGAAAUGCUGCAGAAUGUUACUGUUGUCUCCGCUGGCUCUUUUCACAUAGCUUCAGUUAACAGGGCUGUCAGUGUACCUCUGGUGAUCAUGAAAUCACUUAAUGAAAUGAAAUGUAACCAGCCCUCAAACAGUCUAGUGGUUAAUUAAGUGUGACCAUCAAGUCAUGGGAAUCAUAGCAGUAUACAAGGGAAUGCUUGUUCAUUCCUGAAAGGCCUAGGCAAGAGGAAAUACAUGAUCA